AUGGAUUCGCUGUGCAAGCACUUUGAUGAAAUUAACGACUUUUGUAUCCAAGUUGUUGUCGUUCCCAGGAUUCUAUAUCAUCCUGACGAUGAGGUGCUUCUUCACUUCGAUGACAGACCCUAUCGGCAGAGACGGGAACUGGCCCUUCUGGAGAGAGACCAUAAACAGAUUGCUUUAGCAGAAGUGCUGUGCCAGACUCAGGGAGAGCUGUUCCCAGCCCGAGAGCAGGAGGAGCAGCUGAGGCAGCGAGUGGAGGAGCAGCAGGAGAAUGGCCAGGUCAGACACCAGGCUGUGGCAUCAGGGGCUGCAGCAGCCACGCUGCUCCCCAGCCUGCAGCUGGAGAUCCUUUCAGAGGAAGCAAUGAGGGGCAGGCCAGAGGCUGCAACAUUCCAGCACAUCCCUAUAAGUUUUAGGGAUCUCAACUCACCAGCAGCUGUCAGAGGUGAAGCAUUACCAACAGGAAAAGAAUCUUUGCCAGCUCACUUUGAAGCUGAAGCAGCUGUUACACCUCCUGCUGCUGCUCCUGAUGUUCACUUUCAACCUGAAGCAGCUGUUACGCCUCCUGCUGCUCCUCCAGAUGCAUGCUGGGAACAGCCUAGACACGCAGCCUACAAUUUGUUAGGAAUUGACAAACCCGCUGGUAGGACACCCUCCAGAACCUACUCUGUGCCUGGAACUGGCAGAAUCUCUGAAUACUUUCGCUUUCCAUGUGUACCCCAAGGAAUCCGUAAACCUCAUGGUCCUGAUCCUCAUGUAUGCUGGGGGGAGCCUAGACAGAGAUCUGACACUUUGUCAGGAAGUGACAUACCCUCUGGUGGGACUCCCUACAGAACCUACAACGUGCAUGGAACCGACACAAGCUCUGAACCUUUUCCACUUGGCUUUGUAUCUCGAGAAGCCAGUACUCCUCUUGAUCCUGCUCCUGAUGCAUGCUGGGAACAGCCUAGACACGCAGCCUACAAUUUGUUAGGAAUUGACAAACCCGCUGGUAGGACACCCUCCAGAACCUACUCUGUGCCUGGAACUGGCAGAAUCUCUGAAUACUUUCGCUUUCCAUGUGUACUCCAAGGAAUUUGUAAACCCCGUGGUCCUGAUCCUCAUGCAUCCUUGGGUGAACCCAGACAGAGAUCUGACACUUUGUCAGGAAGUGACAUACCCUCUGGUAGGACGCCCUACAGAACCUACAACUUGCAUGGAACUGACACAACCUCUGAACCUUUUCCGCUUCGUUUUGUACACCGAAGAGCCAGUACUCCUCCUGAUCCUGCUCCUGAUGUGCACUAG